AUGGCCCCGGCCGUUCCCCUGUGCCGGGCGGGGCCGCCCCGGCCCCGGCCCUGGGCGGCCCGGCGCGGUCUCGCCCUCGCCCGGCUCCCGGCGCGCCGGUUGUGGCGCUGCUGGGCGCUCCUGUGGGGCUGGCUGUGGGACGGGCUCGGCCUCGCCGCCCCUUGGCUCCGCCUGGCUCGAGCCCGGCGCCUGCCGGGGCCGGCGGGGGCCGCGGGCGCCGCGGCCGCUGCCGCCUCCUCGGCGGCUUCCCCGGCCAGAGCUCCGCCGCUCGCCAACCCGGCCGCCGGCAGCGAGCCGCCGCUGCCCGCUGCGGCUGGGGAAGCCCGGCCCGGGCCGCUUGAGGGGCGCUCGGGGGCCGUGCCGGGCCCCGGCCCCAACGCUGACGGCCACGUCUCGCCCGCACCGAAGGCCAAGGAGCCGCUGCACGAGCGCUACCGGCUGCAUUCGCUGCUGGGCAGCGGCGGCUUCGGCCGCGUCUACGCGGGGACCUGCCUGGCGGACGGAGCCCCGGUGAGUGCAGGAGGAGGAGGAGGAGGAGGAGAAGGAGGAGGAGGAGGGCGGGACGGGCGGCGAGCUCAACCCGCCCUUCCCCUUGGCUUGCAGGUGGCCAUCAAAGCCGUGUCCCGGGAUGGCAUCCGGCGCUGGGGCGAGCUGCCUGACGGCACCCGGGCCCCCCUGGAGAUCGUGCUGCUGGACAAGGUGUCCAAUGGCUUCCCUGGUGUCAUCCAGCUGCUGGAGUGGUUCGAGCUCCCCAACGGGUUCCUGUUGGUCAUGGAGCAUCCGGAGCCGUCUCAGGACCUCUCUCGCUUACUGAGGGCGUGGGGGUUCCUGCCGGAGGAGAUGGCGUGGGGGCUGUUCUGCCAGGUGCUGCAGGCCGUGCGGCACUGCACCAGCUGCGGCGUCCUGCACCGGGACAUCAAGCCCCAGAACAUCCUCCUCCACCUGGCCACCGGCGAGGCCAAGCUCCUCGACUUUGGAUGUGGCACCUUCCUUAAGGACACGGUCUACACCCAGUUUGCAGGUGAGCCCACAGCCGGGGGAUGCUCCUGGUGCCGGGCACUGCAUGGCCAUGCCCGGGUGUGGCAGUGGAGAUUGCCGCUUUGGCCGAGGGGGAACAGGAUUACUUCUUCAGCCAAAUUGCUUUUGGAUGGGGCUGGGGGGUUAUUGUGA